AUGCAUUUAUUGCGUAAACACAUGAUGGACCGUGAAGCUAGUAUGAAGUGCUUACCGGUAAUAAACGAUUCGUCCUCCGAUGUCUCAAUGCGUCCUGCAGCAGAUGAAAAAUGCGGAAAAGUGACCGUCAAUGGCAACAGUAAGCCAAAAGAACAAAAUAGUGGUAACGAGUUGAAGUUGGUAAUGGAACCUCAAAAUCCUUCACCCACGAAGUAUUUCGACAUCAACGGUGUGCCACUGCGUAAAGGACUGGAAAAUGGUAGCCCUGGACAAAACUCCGACACGGACCAUCAAGGAAAGAAAGGAAGUAAAGUGAGCAUCAAAUGUUGCAACUGUGAGCAAACAUUUACUUCCAGAGCAGCGUAUGAGCUGCACUACCGUACAACCUAUGAGCAGGAUCCGGUUUAUGUGUGUGCGGUGUGUGGCAAGCGCAUCAAACAGUAUAGGGCGUAUCAGCUGCACUGCUACCGGCACAGCGCCAACCAACGGUUUAGCUGUCCAGAUUGCUCUAAAACGUUUCACCAAAAGUCGGAUCUCACUCGUCACCAAAACAUCCAUCAACCCAACAACGGCUCUGGAUCCUCGAAGGAUCGCAGUUCGAAAAAUGGUGAAGUAAAGCUGCAAGCUAUACCCUGCCCAAGGUGUGAUGCUAUCUUUGCAACGCAAGCUGAAUUCAAGGAACACUCCAGGAAACUGCAUCGAACCCCAAAACAGUUGGUAGACUGCCCGGACUGUGGAAAAUCUCUUUCUACCGGAAGCCUUUACUCCCAUCGCAAGAUACACUCGGAAAGUCCAAAAUUUUCCUGCCCCGAAUGUGGACGUACGUUUGUGCAGAAAAUUAACCUCAUUCAGCACCACAAAACGCACCUGGGCGACCGUCCCUUCCAGUGUGGCCAGUGUGAUAAAGCAUUCUGUGAAAAGGCGCACCUUCAACGCCACCUUAACUAUCAUUCGGAAGAGCGACCGUACCGCUGUGAGCUGUGUGGCAAAUGUUACAAAACGGAGCGCUGCCUAAAGGUGCACUCGGCCGUCCACAAUAACGAGCGUCCGUUCGUUUGCCCUGAGUGUAACAAAGGGUUUCUCAGUAGUUCUAAGCUGCGCCAACACAGCAACAUCCAUUCCGGGUUGCGCCCGUUCAAGUGCAAAUAUUGUACGCGCGAUUUCACCAACUUUCCCAACUGGCUCAAGCACAUCCGACGCCGGCACAAGGUAGACCAUCGUACCGGCGAAAAGUUGGACAGUGUGCCAAAGUUUAUGACGAAGAAAAAGGGCGCUGAAGGCGUGCGCAAAAAGGAACCUUCCGAACCCGGAACGGCUGGGUUUGAAAGGUCGAAAAAGCGGACGGUUAAAAUGCCGAUCGUACCUCUGCCGGAUGUGCUGAAGGAUGAGUCGCUACCCUACUUUAGUGAAAGUUCCAACAUCGAUCUCAACUUAGUAUGUAAGGAUGAUCUUCUGCAGCCGCUUGCGGACGAAAUUGAGGACAUAUUUCAGUGUUUACCGUCUGACGAGUCGAAGCUAAGCAUUCCGGAACCGUUGGAGCAGCUAUGUAACGCGAUCGUUCCAGACGAACAGCAGGAACGUUUGGGAAGUAGCAGCUUACUGUCUCCGGAAGUGGAUUGUGAUUUUAGUGUUAGAAGCCCAAACGAGCACCCAGACGUGUCUACUGAUCUCAUUAAGCAUGAACUUCCCAGCAACGUACUGUCCAGUUGCGAGAAGGAAACGUUCACCGGGCCUUUGCUGUACGAUAAUCAUCUGCCAAUUUUGCCAGCAGUGGCAUCUUUUUGCAACAGCGAAGAACAACAGUUCCGGCUUAUAAAUCCUCAUUUCAUACACCUAACUAAUAGCACAACAUUUCUUAGUGGAAGUUCCAGGAUGUCACCGGACAGUAGCUCUGUGCCGGUUUCCAUCGGUGAAUGA